GUUGUAGCAGAGGGAGCCACCUUCUUGGCUUCUCCCCCACCCUGAAUCCCAGAAAGAGCUGCGUUUUAGAGAAUAAGAGAAAUGGCGGAGGAGGAAGAAGAAUCCGAGCUGAUCGGGAAGCAGAAGAUUGACAUAGCCAAGUGGUUCCUCCUCAACUCUCCUCCCGGCGAAAUCCAAUUCGUCGCCAAAGAUGUGAAGGCGGUGCUAAACGACGACGUUCUGUACGAAGAGGCGCUGUCAGAGGCUUUCCCUCAGUACAACAAAUCGCACAUGAUUUCCCUCGAAAUGCCCGGUGGAGUUGGAGAUGUUCUGGUUACAUCUUACGGGGAGCUCAAUGGGAAUGAGUACCUUGAUCCCAGGACUGCUCAUGUUGCUGUGGUUGACCAUAUCAAACAGGUUUGUACAGGCGUGAGGCCUGCGUUGGAUGAGGAACUUCCAUCUGCAUAUGUUGAGGAAUUCAGAUGUGCUUUGGAUGCUGAAAUACUUAGAUAUGUGGGUGAAGCUUAUCCAAAAGGAGUCUGCUCAGUGUACUGUGGGAAUGGAAAAGAUGCAGAGGGCCCAGGAUCUGACUUUGAGCUUGUAGUAGUGAUUUCAGCUGCUAGAUAUAGCCCACAAAAUUUCUGCAAUGGUAGUUGGCGUUCGGUGUGGAGCAUUGAGUUCAAAGAUGAAGUGCAAGUGCUGGAAUUAAAAGGCAAACUGCAGGUGGGUGCACACUAUUUUGAGGAGGGGAAUGUGCAGCUAGAUGCAAACCAUGAAUGCAAAGAUUCAACCAUUUUUCAGUCCUCCGAAGAUUCUGCUGUUACCAUAGGCAACAUGAUAAGGCAACAUGAGGCAGAGUACUUGGCAUCUCUUGAGGCAUCCUAUUCAAACUUGCCCGAUACCACUUUUAAGGAUCUUCGUAGAAAGCUCCCUGUUACUCGCACCCUAUUUCCAUGGCAUAGUACAUUACAGUUUAGCUUGACAAGAGAUAUCACAAAAGAACUUGGCAUUACAAAGUGAAUUCGUCCUUUCAUGAGUAUGCUAGUCAUGCAUACAGGGUUUGCCUCCUUAUCAUUCCCAUUCUCUCGAGUCAUGUCCUCUGCCUUUGGAGCUACUCCCUCAGUUUUGUGCAUUGUAAUAUAUAUGAUAUCUAUGUCUGUGUAUAGUACAGGGUUGAGCUGAUUUCCUACUCAUGGAAGAUGUUGGAGAGUUUGUAAACUAUAUGUAUUCUGAUGAACUGCUUCAUUCGUGCCUUAUUCUUUCAAAGCCAUUUCAAUUGAAAACGUCAUCCCUAA